GCUCUUCGAGAGGAAGGAAAGGCGCUUAACUUUGGCAUCCUUUGUGGCAAAACCCUCGCUGUGGUCCGAUGCACGCUUCAGUUGAAGCAGCGCAGACUGCUACCCAACGAAGAGCUCGAAUCCAAGCUCCCCUGGUCGAUUCAGUUUCAUGCUAUUGUAGAGUUGAUACUGGUCUCAAAACUGUGGUCGGAGCGAGGAAAUUUGUUCCUGGAGCUAAAAUAUGUAUCCAACCUGACAUCCAGCCCAAUGGACCCAAACCUAGAAAUCCACGCAGAGAGAGAUCCAGAACUCAAGCACCUCUUCUACCCAACCUACCUGAUGACCUAGCGAUUGCUUGCCUCAUACGUGUACCUCGAGUAGAACACCAAAACCUUCGGUUAGUUUGCAAAAGAUGGAACCGCCUUCUGACAGGAAACUACUUUUAUUCCCUAAGGAAAAGGUUGGGUAUGGCCGAAGAGUGGGUUUAUGUCAUCAAAAGAGAUCGUGAUGGGAAAAUAUCUUGGCAUGCUUUUGAUCCAAUCUAUCAGCUUUGGCAGCCACUUCCUCCUGUUCCUGUGGAGUAUUCUGAGGCACUUGGUUUUGGCUGUGCAGUUCUUAGUGGUUGCUAUCUCUACCUGUUUGGUGGCAAGGAUCCACUUCGAGGCUCUAUGAGAAGAGUUGUUUUCUACAAUGCUAGGACAAACAAAUGGCAUCGAGCACCUGAUAUGCUACGCAAGCGCCAAUUUUCUGGAUCCAGCGUCAUAAAUAACUGCCUCUAUGUUGCCGGCGGUGAAUGCGAAGGGAUCCAUAGAACUCUUCGCUCAGCUGAGGUAUAUGACCCUAAUAAGAACAGGUGGACUUUCAUUGGUGAGAUGACUGAUGGGAUGGUACCUCUCAUUGGAGUUGUUUAUAAGGGGAAAUGGUUCUUGAAGGGGCUAGAUUCUCAUCGCCAGGUUGUGAGUGAAGUCUAUGCACCCUCUACCAACAGCUGGUCAGCGGUGAAUGAUGGCCUGAUGAGCGGUUGGCGUAAUCCAAGCAUUUCAUUGAAUGGGAGGCUUUUUUCAUCAGAUUGUAGGGACGGUUGCAAGCUUCGUGUCUAUGAUGAUGCCACAGACUCAUGGAGCAGGUUUAUGGACAGUAAACUUCAUCUUGGUAGCUCCGUCUCCUUGGAGGCUGCGGCAUUUGUCUCGCUGAACGGGAAGCUUGCUGUUAUCAGAAACAACAUGAGCAUCAGCCUUGUAGAUGUGUCCAACCCUGGGAGGAGCAUUGAGACUAACAGUGCUCAUCUCUGGGAAACCAUUUCUGGCAAAGGCCAGCUGAAGACUUUUGUGUCAAACCUAUGGUCGAGCAUCGCAGGUCGGACUGGGCUCAAGAGUCAUAUUGUUCACUGUCAGGUGCUUCAAGUUUGAGAAUUGAAGUCUUCCUGAUGUAUCCUUUCUCUCAUUUCCAUACAGGAGCACAAUCUUAUGUUAUGAAGCUGUCAAGGUACGAAUUUUUGUAGCAAGGCCCUCUGGAGAAGGAGAAGGGGGUUGCUUGUUCUCUCACAAUCUCUAGUUAUAGACUUUGCUGUAUUUUAGGGAAUCUCAACUCAAUAGCAUUCUGGCCAUCCCAUGUAACAUUCUGCACCAGAUCAAUGACAGAUUGCAGAGGUGAAAAUGUUUCUGAAACAUUGGUAGCUUCUGGAGUUAAGUUUGAUUUUGACAUGACAGAAGUAAGUGUUUCCGAAACAUUGCACUGUUAGGUGUUAGGUUUUGAGUUGAAAACCUUGAAAGCUGCUUUGAAGAAUAUGCUGUGGCUUUCAGCCUGCCACACUGUUGGUCUGUGCUAUUGGUUCAGGUAUGUAAUGUAAUUAUUCCAAUGCAUGGGAGUAGGAUUCUGUUGGAAAGUGAAUAAAAAAAUUGCAGCUCCUUGAUUGAGAAGAAAGCGUCUUUCUGCCUUA